UCCAAAUUCAAUUUUUCAAUUUCGCGCUCUUCGUCUUCCCCUCCCCUCCACCACCACCACCCCCCCCCCCAACACACACACACACAAACCCUACUUUCUCUCUCCUCACCCCCAACACACACACACACACACAAAAACCCUACUUUCUCUCUCCUCACCCCCACCAGAAAAACCCCAAUUUUCUCUCUGCUCACCACCCACCAGAAAACCCCAUUUUUCUCUCCAAGAAUGGGCGCUAAUCACAGUCGCGAAGAUCUGAACCUCUCAGACUCCGAAGAAGAAAGCGGAGACGAACAAACCCAAGAGGAAGAAGAAGAGACCUACGAAGACGCUAAAGAACAAGGAUCCUCCGAGCGCAGGAGGCCCAAAACGCCGUCGUCUCUAGACGACGUCGAAGCCAAACUCAAAGCCCUAAAGCUAAAGUACCCUUCCUCCACAAACCCUAAUCUCAAAAACGCUGUCAAGCUCUACAACCACGUCGGCGGCCACACCGCGACUUCCAAAUGGGUCGUCGCAGACAAGCUCACCUCCUACUCCUUGGUCAAAUCCUCCCUAAACGACGACGGAGAGGAGGAAGACGAGAAUGAUGAUGAAGAAGAAAAAGAUGAUGAUAGAGAAUCGACGUGGGUUUUGAAAGUUGGGACUAGGGUUAGAGCUAGGGUUUGUGCCGAGGUCCAAUUGAAGAGCUUCGGAGAGCAGAAACGUGUUGAUUUCGUAUCAAAAGGCGUUUGGGCGAUGAAGUUUUUUACUGAGGAAGAUUAUAAGGGUUUUUUAACCGAGUUUCAAGAUUGUUUGUUCGAGAACACGUAUGGGUUCGAGCCGACAGAUGGGAACAAGGUGAAGGUGUACGGGAAGGAUUUUAUCGGGUGGGCGAAGCCGGAGACCGCGGACGAUUCAAUGUGGGAAGAUGCGGAAGACAGUUUGGUAAAAACGCCUCCGGCGAGGGUUUUGAGGGAGGAGUUUGAAGAGGCGGCGGAGGAGAGUGGUGGGAAGAUACAGAGCUUGGCAUUGGGAGCACUGGAUAAUAGUUUCUUGGUGGGUGACUCGGGUGUUCAGGUGGUUAGGAAUUUUAGUCAUGGGAUUCAUGGGAAAGGGGUUUAUGUUAAUUUCGGAGGGGCAACGAGUACUACGGUGCAUUCGACUCCUAAGAAGGCUCUUUUGAUGAGGGCUGAGACGAAUAUGCUGCUGAUGAGCCCUGUUACUCAUGGGAAGCCGCAUACCACAGGGCUACAUCAGUUUGAUAUUGAAACGGGCAAGAUUGUGACUGAGUGGAAGUUUGGGAAAGAUGGGACAGAUAUUACGAUGAGGGAUAUCGCGAAUGAUAACAAGGGGGCUCAAAUGGAUCCAUCUGGAUCAACGUUUUUAGGGUUGGAUGAUAACAGGCUUUGUAGGUGGGAUAUGAGGGAUAGGAAUGGGAUUGUUCAAGAUCUUGCUACCGCUAGUGCGCCUGUGCUGAAUUGGACACAGGGGCAUCAGUUUUCUAGGGGAACGAAUUUCCAGUGCUUUGCCACUACCGGUGAUGGCUCGAUUGUUGUUGGCUCCAUUGAUGGGAAGAUUCGAUUGUAUUCCACAAAUUCUAUGAGGCAGGCGAAAACUGCUUUUCCAGGCCUUGGUUCGCCUAUCACUCAUGUGGAUGUCACCUUUGAUGGGAAAUGGAUAUUGGGCACGACUGAUACAUAUUUGAUCCUUAUCUGCUCUUUGUUUACUGACAAGGAUGGGAAGAUGAAAACUGGUUUUUCUGGUCGUAUGGGGAAUAGAAUCUCGGCUCCUAGGUUGUUGAAGCUGAAUCCACUUGAUUCACAUAUGGCUGGGGUAAACAAUAAGUUCCGGGGUGCCCAAUUCUCAUGGGUGACGGAGAAUGGGAAGCAGGAGCGCCAUCUGGUUGCUACGGUUGGGAAGUUUAGUGUCAUAUGGAACUUCCAACAGGUGAAGGAUGGUUCUCACGAGUGCUACAGAAACCAGGUGGGGUUGAAGAGCUGUUACUGCUACAAAAUAGUGCUAAAAGAUGAUUCCAUAGUUGAUAGUCGCUUCAUGCACGACAAAUUUGCAGUCAGUGAUUCACCUGAAGCUCCUCUGGUGGUUGCUACCCCAAUGAAAGUUAGCUCAUUCAGUAUAUCUAGCAGCCAGCGACAUGCUUAAACUAAGCUUUUGUCUACUUGUUCAUCUGUUUAGGACUAUCUAAAUUGUUUCAGAUGCUCACUGUAGAGCCUUUAGUGUAUCGCGAAUUGUUGUUUUAACUGUUAUAGUUGGAAGACAUUUCACGGAAGAUUGGUUUUUGUGGUUUGAUUCAGCCCUAGGCUUUUUAUUGUUGUUGUAAUGCUUUGGUAGAAAUGUUGUGGUUUGGAGGAAGAAGUUGAAGUGGACAUGUUCCGUGGAAAAAGUUUUAUGUGAUGCUAUAAUUUGUACUCUUCCUGUA